UUCGCCGCAGGGAGAGUGGGAGACCUUUAAUUUUUUUGGGAUAGCUGGUCUCAGGGCAGUCGCCCAAGGGCGCAUUUCCCAUUGGGAACCAUCUCUUUAUAAAUAAUCGAAGUGUCGGCUUCGUGACUUCUUUUGAUUUCUCAUAUUCCUUCAAAAUCUUAGAGCUCUCGCUCUUCAGCUCUCAAAUUUCGUUUGCAGGAGCUCUUUGAUUCCGUCCCUGUUUAUCGAUGGCGUCUCAAGCAAGCCUUCUCCUUCAAAAGCAACUCAAAGAUCUUUGCAAGAACCCGGUUGAUGGGUUCUCCGCGGGUUUGGUGGAUGAAAACAACAUUUUUGAAUGGAGCGUGACCAUAAUUGGACCUCCGGAUACUCUCUACGAGGGAGGAUUUUUCAAUGCGAUUAUGAGUUUUCCAUCCAACUACCCAAAUAGUCCACCAACAGUGAAAUUCACCUCAGAAAUAUGGCAUCCCAAUGUAUAUCCUGAUGGUCGGGUUUGCAUAUCAAUUCUUCACCCGCCAGGUGAUGAUCCAAAUGGUUAUGAGCUUGCAAGUGAGCGCUGGAUGCCUGUUCAUACAGUGGAGAGCAUAGUAUUGAGUAUCAUAUCAAUGCUUUCUAGUCCUAAUGACGAGUCUCCUGCAAAUGUUGAAGCUGCAAAGGAGUGGAGAGAUAAGAGAGAUGAUUUCAAGAAAAAGGUAAGCCGCUGCGUGAGAAAGUCACAAGAAAUGUUAUGACUAAUGGGCCGAGCGUCAUCCUCUGCUCAAGUGAACUGGGAGACAUGUAUAACUUCAUUUGUGAUGGAUCACUGGGUACUUUGAUCCCUGUGAAACUGCUGUAGGAAGUCAUCUUUUCUUCAGUUCCAUUUUGUUUCCGCUCUGCAGGGCCUCUUCUCAUGACUUGCAAAAGGCAACUCUGCUACAAUGUUUUUGGCUAGUGCUUGUUUACUAGUUAAUUGGAAAAUUUCUUUGUUCAUUUGAAUGACCUUAUUGAUAAAAUUUGAGUUCAAGGGACAGCAGUAGUCUUCCUUCCUACUGUGACCUUGCAUGUUA